AAAUUUAGAUUUUGCUAACUCGUACUUUGGUGAGAGCAUUAUUGAAAUGCAUUGUUAAGAAAGAUUUUCAACACUCAGUGUGUCAUUUCCUUUCUUCAUGUAUCAGAUGCUGAAAUACUGUGUGAUAAAGAUUUUAAGUUUCAAUUGUAAAAAGAGGGAAGAGUGGAUAAAUCAGUGCAGCCGUCUUUAGGACAAACGAAGCAUGGCACUGUGGGAUACCUGUUCUGAUCAACAGGAAGACAUUGAUAGCUGUUCAGAAUCUGUGAAGUUCGAUGCUCGCUCAAUGACAGCUUUGCUACCUCUUAAUCCUAAAAAUGGCUCCACUCUUGACGAAAAACUGAAGUCCUUCAAAGCUGCACUGAUUGUCCUUUAUAUCCUUGUGUUUAUAAUUGCCAUUGGAAUAGUGACAGCUGAACUCCUAAAGUGGGAAACGAAGAAUUGCGCAGUUGGUUCAAUUUAUGCCAAUAACUUAUCUCAAAGUCUCAUCGAAAAAGAAAAUGGCAACGAAGAUGAAAUAAAAUUUCAAGCUGUUACAGAAAACCUGAGGAAGAUGGAGGAGAGACUCCAGUAUAUUUCAGACACACAAGCCAACCUCAUAGAUUCAGAGAAUUUCCAGAAUUUCAGUGAAAUGACUGACCAGAGAUUUAAUGAUGUUCUUCUCCAGCUGAGUACCUUGGUUUCAUCAGUCCAGGAACACAGAAAUGCAAUAGAUGAAAUCUUCAAGUCGUUAAUAACUCUGAAUACCACAUUGCUUCCUUUGCAGCUCAGUAUCGAAACACUGAAUGACAAAGUUCGAGACAAUGCAUUGAAACAACGAGAGUAUAGGGUGUUGCAAGGCCCUCCUGGACCCCCAGGUGAAAAAGGAGACAGAGGUCUCACUGGAGAAGGUGGUCCACGAGGCAUUCCAGGUCCAAUAGAACCCCUGCUUGUUUUUGUUACAGCUCCAUUUAAGACAGUUCGACUUGUUGGUGGUAGUGGCCCUCACGAGGGGAGAGUGGAGAUUUUCCAUGAUGGCCAGUGGGGUACAGUUUGUGAUGACCACUGGGAAUUGCGUGGUGGACUGGUCAUCUGUAGGAGUUUGGGAUUCCAAGGUGUUCGAAAUGUGCAUAAGAGAGCUAAUUUUGGACAAGGUACUGGUCCAAUAUGGCUGGAUGAAGUAUUUUGUUUGGGGAGAGAAUCAUCAAUCGAAGAGUGUAAAAUUAAUCAAUGGGGUGCGAGAACCUGUUUACAUUCUGAAGAUGCUGGAGUCACUUGUACUUUUUAAUGUAUCAUUUUUUUAUUUACAUAUAUAAAAUAAUUGCAAAAUGAUUUGUAUUACUUUGUUCCGUUAAAGUCAGUUUAAUGAACAUUUUAGGAAUCAAGAAUAUUGUCCAAAGAUAAGGAAUAUUUAAAAAUUACCAGAUAAACAUAUUGAACACCUUCAUACUGACUAUAUGUCUAUAUUUGAGCCAUUUUAACACUAGGUUUUUAAAUAGAAUUUUAUUAUAUAGUGACUUACAUAUUGAAUUGAAUAUAUUGAAGUUUAAGUUGUCUAGGUUACAAAUGUCAGUAAUAAUGAAAACACAUUCCAUUAAUGUCUCCAAUUUAUAUCUUCAUUGCAAGAUUAUAAUGUUUGUCAUUUCUGUCUUUGUAAUCUAUUUAGUUGACUUUAGUUUAUUUUUUGAAUAAUGAGAAGGUAGAGGAAAUUUUCUUUGUGCCAAGUUUGCAAAAUUUUCAACCCGUAUAUAUUUUUAAAGAAAGAAUCUUAUUCAUCUAUCAAGAUCUCUGAAUAUGCAAUAACUUGGCUGUUAGGUAACAUGUUAAUGAUACAUUUUAUCCAUGAUGGAAAACUCAGCAGGAGGUUUUACAGGCCUAUAUAUUAA